GACUAGACUGUAAAAUCCACCAUUAUCGUUAGGGUUUAAGACCUUUUUCUUACACUCUUCUUCACAAACCUCAUAAACGACAUGACAACCUUAAACCCUGUCUGUUCCAAAACAAACCAAAUUCACAAACAAUUCAAUCACCAUUUUAAUCGUCCAAUUUAUGCUAAACCCAUUUCUUGUCUCUCUUUCAGAACCCCACCCCCACCAUUUUCCACCUCUUUCUUCUCCAUGAAAGCCUCCUCUUCGCAAAACCCUAAACCCCUUAUCCCUCAAAACCCUAAUGAAAAAUCCCAAAACCCAUUCUCAUUCCUCAAACUCACACUCGUUGCUACAGUUACUGCCACUGCCCUUAUCUUUUCAAGAUUCUAUUUUUUCCCAAAACCUUCAAUUUCUGCUCAGAAUUUUGCUCCUCCUCCUGCUGCUGUGGAAACUGAUACGAGAGAAGCAGUUUCAGAGGAGGAAAAAGAAAGGGCAAUUGAGGAACACUUGGUUUCGAACCCGGAUGACGUGGUAGCAUUAAGGAAUUUGAUGGAAAUUAAGAUAAAGAACAAGAAAAUGCUUGACGCUAUUGGUAUUAUUGAUAAGUUGAUUGAAGUGGAACCGAAUGAAUCCGAAUGGCCAUUGAUGAAAUCCCAUUUGUAUGUUAACAUUGGUGAGGUUGAAUUGGCCAAAGUUGGGUUCAAUGAGAUAUUAAAAAAUGACCCUUUUCGCGUCGAGGCGUAUCAUGGGCUGGUUAUGGCUGUGUCGCAAGAUGAAUCGAUCGAAGAUUUGAAGGGGAUUGAGAAAAAGAUUGAGCAGGGGAUGAAGAUGUGUAAAAAGGAGAAUAAAAAAAGCGACUUGAGGGAUUUUAAGCUAUUGCUUGCACAAAUUCGAGUGAUCCAAGGGAAAUAUGAAGAUGCAUUGAAAGUUUAUGGGGAGUUAGUUAAAGAGGAGCCUAGGGAUUUUAGGCCUUAUUUGUGUCAAGGUAUAAUAUACACAUUGUUGAGGAAAAGCAAUGAGGCUGAGAAGUGUUUCGAGAAGUAUCGGAGACUUGUACCUCAAGGCCAUCCCUAUGCUAGGUAUUUCGAUGAGAAUAUGAUCGCAACAAAGGUUUUUGCGCAGAAGGUGGAGAAUGAGAGAGCUGGAUCGAAAAGUUGAAUAGAAUAAGGCUUGGUUCUGUUGAAGUUCAAGAUUGGAUGAUAGAGUUUAGUGAAGGGGAGUCAUGGAGCUAUAGUAAAGUUGCCUCCGGGUGACCUAUAUGUCACGAGUUCAAGCCGUAGAAGCAGAUACUAAUGCUUGUAUAAUGGUAGGCUAUUUACAUCACACCCUGGACCCGCAUGAAUGCAGGAUGCUUUGUGCACCGGGCUGUCCUUUUUUAGUUUAGUGGUAUUAAUGGAGCGGAGGUUUUGUGUGUUUUCCACGCAA